AUGGAAGUAGAGAUACCGGAGGACGAUCAUUUUUUUGUUUUACCACUAACAAGAAGAUCGUGCAUGAACUAUGUGCGCUCGGUGGCAGCGAUGCGUUCAGAUUGUACAUUUGGACCCAGGGAACAAAUGAACCAAGCUACUCAUUAUUUAGAUGGGUCAAUGAUUUACGGUUCGACGGAGAAAAAGAUGCAGUCGUUGAGGACCAAGUCGAAUGGCCAACUGUUGACGAAUAUAAACUGCAAAAGACGAGGUGAACCGCAGUAUAUGCAGCGGGAAGACGAUCAGAACGCGUGUCAGUAUGGCAUAGGCACGUGCUACAAGGCUGGUGACGUCCGGGCAAAUGGGUUUCCCCAACUGACAGUUUUGCAUACACUGUGGAUGAGAGAACACAACCGGUUGGCCAAACAGCUAUCCUACAUCAAUCCACACUGGGGUGACGAACGCAUUUUCCAGGAAGCCAGGAAAAUCGUAAUAGCGUCCAUACAGCACAUCACGUACGCUGAGUGGCUGCCAGCGCUGCUCGGCGAAAACUACACCAGACAAAACGGAUUGGAACUAUUGACAGAAGGGUACAGCAAUGCGUAUAACGAGACUGUCGAUCCGGCCGUCAGCAACAGUUUCGCGACCGCGAUUCUACCGUUCAGCAAUUCCAUGAUCAGUGAUAAACUCAAUUUAUAUCCGGAAAGCCGAAUAAUAGAAAACAAUAAUGCGGAACUUUCGCUAAAUAAUCAUUUCAACCAACCAAAUCAUGUAAUGGUACAUUUCUUGGAUCAACUUGUCAGGGGAUUAGCUACGCAGAAUACACUUGAAGUCGAUAUGGGAUUUUCAUCAGAGAUUAUCAAUUACUUAUACAAAUUCCGUCCAGAAAUACGAGGUUAUUAUUAUUAUGGAAUGGACGUGUUAAGCUUGGAUAUACAACGAAACCGCGAUCACGGUAUUCCAAGCUACCAACAAUUUAGAAAAUAUUGUGGGCUAAAAGAUAUAAGAAAUAAACAAGAUAUGUUAGAGAUCCUUAAUCCUGAAGUAUUGAAGAUGUAUAGAGCUUGGAACGAUAUAGAGUUAAUUGUAGGUGCAUUAUUUGAGAAACACGAAGACGACGCAAUGGUUGGCCCAACGAUGAGGUGUAUCAUUAGAGAACAGUUUAUAAGAACUAGAAUUGCAGAUAGAUAUUUCUAUGAUUUACCAAAAGUAUUCAACGAAUAUCAACUGGCAGAGAUCAGAAAAGUGACGCUUGCCAGAGUCUUUUGUGAUAACAGUGAUAAUAUCACAACGAUGCAGAAAAAUGUAUUUUUAAAACCUACAACUCCUGAUUUGCAACUUUGUAAUUCCCAUUCA